AUGGAUUCUCACCAAGAGCAAGAACACCACACAAGGCCAGAUGUACAUGACCUGCACAUGUCCGGUGUGGGAAUUUGCACUCGUUCAACGGAUGACAGUCUCAUACAAACGAGAGAAAGAGAGGUACAAGACACAUUGAACUGUCAAAAACAGUGUGAUCACGGUGAAACACCGGUACAAGAGCAGUUUUCUCAUAGAGCCGCGGCCCUGGCGGCGCGGAGCAACGGUGCGGACGGGCCCGCGGCUGCAACCUUCGUGCCAAAUGAACCUGAACCCGAAGCACAUGCCGACGGAGGCGGCUGCUCGCCAGGACAAGCAGACGAUGAUUCUGCGCCACCCAUGGAAGACAUCUCGCUGCUUCCUUCGGAGAGCGAUGAGACUGCAGCCAAAAAUUCCACUGACUCUAUCCCGCUGCGUUCCUCGCAGUCAGUCGCCGAGAGGGCACAAGGCAGCGGAGGUAGGGACCACAUGGUUGAGCGACUUGAGGAGCGAGACGAAACGUUCCCCGCAUCGAAGAAGCCAGCUUUGCAGUCAAUUCCGUUCGCGGUCUCCUCGCCUUCAUAUUGGAGCCAUCUAUGCUACGAACUAUCUUUAACGAGGAGAUUCUGGUCUUGUAAUCUGCGGCACCGAGAUUGGCGGCAGGUGUUUGUUUCCUCCUAUUUCCCCAAUUUGAUCAACGUGACGGCAUUGGUUGUCAUCCGGCUCGUCCUUUGCGUUGUUUUGCUUCUUCUGGAAAGCUUUGCAUCGUGUGACGUGACCAAGGACCUAGGAUGGCCCAUGGUUCUGUAUUUCACAAACUGGAACUCGUAUGCGACAACAAUAUAUUUCUUCUUCCUCUGCGUCGUGUCCGUGAGAGCCGCCUGGUCUUUCAGAAUAAGGCUGUCAUCUGCGGAUCUCGGGGUAGAAGAGCGAAACAACGCGAGAUUCAGUGCAUCCCAUGUAUCCGCCUUAGCGGACGGAAACGUGCGUGAAGAGAACGCACCUCCUGCCACGAGUGAAGUGCGGGGCGCCUGUAUGGAGGCAACGACCGACUCCCAGAAAUCGUCUGUAAACGACUGUUCGACGUCAGCGACCACAGAAGGGGGCCUGACACCGAAACAGCAUUCUUAUCCCCCUUCCACCGCGGGAAAAAGCGAUCGGAAAUGGUUCUGCAUCCGUCAUCAUCACGUGGCGCACACGCUGUCAUCCGAUUCUAUGCGGGAUGGCAAGGGCGCUGGCUGUGCAUCGCUGCGUGGCUAUGACGAUCUGAUGGCUCAUCCACAGUUUUGUGUCGAAGGAAUUCUUCUGGCACCUAAUCCGUCGUAUCCGGAAAGCAUAGUGGAGAACUGUGUUCGUAGAAAAAGGCGAUCUCUCAGCCAGGAUGGGCAGAUGCGGUCAGACGCCUGGAAACAAGAAGCCGGCGGAGAGUCCGCUGAAGAGCCGCCGGUUCCCUUUCUGGUUUCGAUUGUGUGGAUACUUCACAGCAUCCAGCUUGUGGCAUCUCUCGGGGUUUUCCUGAUUUUCUUCGCUCUCCUUGAACAGAACGGCAACACCUUCCCGGAGGCAUGGUACUCUGUAUGGAAACACCUCUUGAUUGUUCUUGUCACUCUCAUGCAUUCUCUGCUUCUGUCGCGCAUUCCCGUACCCGUGCGACACGCCGUCUUUUGCUAUAUCUUCAUCAUGGUAUACCUUGGGAUUCAGGUUGUCGUGUUUUUCCUGAAUCUUCCAAACGGCGAUGGCGGCCAUGGGUACAUCUAUCGAGUUUUCGAUAUGCGCUACCCAGCUCGUACAUUUGGUGUUGCGGUUCUCGUCCUGUCGAGCAUUGCAGUUCUGACUGUCGCGCUUUGGUCCGCUUCCAGGCAAAGGUCUCUUUUCGUUGAUCCGCCUCCCUCUGUGACGGUUUCUGCUUCAACGUACAUGGAAAUCCGAGCGAAGGAGCUCAACGCCAAGAUGCAUGAGCUCCACAUAUCUGUCGAUCGUGGGGUCGGCGACUGCAGACUGGACUAG